GCUUGCCCUUCCCCACGUGGGUCCCGGGCUGCGCGCUCCUUGGAGCGACUUGGGGCGGCGGGUCUACGGGUCUGCGGGCGGCUCCGCGCUGGACCCGCGCUCCGGCCCGGCAUGAACCGCUACCUCCUGCCGCUGUCCGUGCUGGGCACGGUGGCGGGUGGCGCCGUGCUGCUCAGGGACUAUGUCGCUGGCGGGGCCUGUCCCAGCAAGGCCACCAUUCAUGGGAAGACCGUCAUUGUGACGGGUGCCAACACGGGCAUCGGGAAGCAGACCGCCUUGGAGCUGGCCAAGAGAGGAGGCAAUGUCAUUCUGGCCUGUCGAGACAUGGAGAAGUGUGAGGCGGCAGCAAAGGAAAUUCGCGGGGAGACCCUUAAUCACCGUGUCAAUGCAAGGCACCUGGACCUGGCCUCCCUCAGGUCCGUCCGAGAGUUCGCCACGAAGAUCCUUGCAGAGGAGGAGCAGGUGCAUGUCCUGGUCAACAAUGCAGCUGUGAUGCGCUGCCCCCACUGGACCACUGAGGACGGCUUCGAGAUGCAGUUUGGGGUCAACUACCUGGGUCACUUUCUUUUGACUAACUUACUGCUGGACAAGCUGAAAGCCUCGGCCCCCUCGCGGAUCAUCAACCUCUCAUCCUUGGCCCAUGUUGCUGGGCACAUAGACUUUGAUGACUUGAACUGGGAGAAGAGGAAGUAUGACACCAAAGCAGCCUACUGCCAGAGUAAGCUGGCCAUCGUCCUCUUCACCAAGGAGCUGAGUCGGCGGCUGCAAGGUACGGGGGUGACCGUCAAUGCUCUGCACCCCGGUGUAGCCAGGACGGAGCUGGGCAGACACACAGGCCUGCACAGCUCUGCCUUCUCCAGUUUCAUGCUCGGGCCCAUCUUCUGGCUGCUGGUGAAGAGCCCCCAGCUGGCGGCCCAGCCCAGCACCUACCUGGCCGUUGCGGAAGAAUUGGAGGGCGUUUCUGGAAAGUACUUUGAUGGACUCAAAGAGAAGGCUCCAGCCCCUGAGGCUGAGGAUGAGGAGGUAGCCCGGAGGCUUUGGGCUGAAAGUGCUCACCUGGUGGGCUUGGAGAUGUCCCAUGGGUCCUCUGUGAAGGGACAGCCCCUCCCUAAAUAACCUCUGGGGUCAGGCUUGAAAGCCCCCAGGGAGAGGGAGUCAUCAGGAUGGAACAGCAAGACCAACCAAAGCUGGCUGCCAUGCCCACAUCACCCUCUCGGUGGUGGUAUUGGCCGAGGAUUUGCUGGCUGCCAUGCCCACAUCACCCUCUAGGUGGCAGUAUUGGCACUGUAUGAGCCUCAAGAUCAAAGAAUCUGGCUGUCAUGCCCACAUCCCCCUCUGGGUGGCGGUAUUGGCCAAGAAAUGCUGACUGUCAUGCCCACACCAUCCUCUAGGUGGCGGUAUUGGCCAAGAAAUGCUGACUGCCAUGCUCACACUAUCCUCUAGGUGGCAGUAUUGGCAACGCAUGAGCCUCAAGUCCAAGAAACACUGGCUGUCACACCUGCAGCACCCUCUAGGUGGCAGUAUUGGCCCCCUCUUUCUGUCUCUUUCUCUCCCUUUUCUGGCCACAGUGGGUUGGACUGCAGUUGGGCACCUGCCUAGGGACUGGCUGGUGCAGUGUGCCCUGCUGCCAACAGGUGAGCUGGGCCAGCAGAUCGUUCCCUUGGGAAUCUAAACUGGGUGCUGCCGAGGGAGGGGUCAGCCCCCUCUGCUGUGGGCCAUGUCAGGAAAGCCAAUGGUGGCCGUGGUGGGGGACUGUAUGGCCAGUAGGCAAGUUGCCUGACAGAUGCCAUGGAGUUCACGGCUCCCUGUGGGAUCUUGUACACCUCCAGUCUCCUCUCUGAGCCUUGAUUUCUCCAACUGGAAAAUGUGCAGCGUGACUUGACUACCUCAUAGGAUGGCAGUGAAUGUGUUAUUCCCUGGCUCGGUGAACGGCAGCUGCGCAUUCCGUGCCAGUGGAUGUUUACUGUGGGUCUUCUGUGUGCCAGACUAGCAAGGUGCUGGGGAGACCCCGGAGAACCAGCUGGCACAGAUCUGGCCUUGUUAUCUCCAAGUCAUGCUUGAGUCCAAGUCAAGCAUGGAGUGAAAAACACACCAGCUGCUGCUGCUGAGGACCCAGGAUGCUGGGAUCACGCCCUUCCCUCCAACUCUUGUGGUAAUUUAAACCGUGGACUCUCAAACUUGCUCUUUAAUAGUAAUAGUAAAACUGCUGGCUGAGUCACAGGUUUUAUUUUCUUCCUCUGUGCAUGCGCAUGAGGAAG